GUUUUCCUCCUUUCACGUCCGUUAAAGCGAUAGUGUUAUUUUGUAUGUUUACGUAGAAUACACGUUCCGUUCUGGUCUUGGCAGCCGGCGAGAUUACGUAAAAAUUUCCGAAAAAUAAAAGAUGAUCAUACUAUUAUGGGGGCUGCUGAUCAUCGAAUAUUGCUAUGGAUUCGGGUUGCCUUCGUCGCAUAUGCAUGGACCGUCUUUUUUAGAAGAGCCACCAGGUUCGAUAGAUUUUACUAAUUCUAGCGGAGCUGUAAUCAAUUGCCGAGGACAAGGCAAUCCGGCUCCGGAUAUUAAAUGGAUUGAUGCUUCCCAUAAGGAAAUUUUAAAUAUGCCUAGACUAAGAGAAACAUUAAGCAACGGAAGUUUAUAUUUUUCACCAUUUUCGUUGAACGAUUUCAGAUCUGAAAUACAUCAGAUGACGUAUAAAUGCGUUUUAUCCAAUACCGUAGGUAUCGUCGUAUCCAGAGAAUGUAAAGUCAGAGCAGAUAUACUUUACACAGUCGACGUGCAAGUUUCCAAUGUUUACGUAGUAAAAGGAAACGUUGCGAUGUUGAGAUGUUCAACGCCGCCUUCAAUACGUCUGAAUCUAUUCGGCAUAAAUUGGCUAAAAGAUGACCCUCAAGAAGGCAGAAGUAUAAUUACCCCAGGAGGCAGAUACGUUCAAACGAAUACGGGGGAGUUACACAUUAGAGACGUCACCGGUGACGAUUCCAGAGUGCGAUUCUAUUGUCAAUUAACCAACAAGUUAACAGACGAACGUUACUUUAGCCAACCAGGCCAUAUAAUUGUCUCAGAAUCCGAGAACGUCGUGAUACCAAAAAUAGAAUAUAGUUCGUCCAACGUCCAAGCCCAUGCCGGUGAUUCGGUCGAUUUAAUCUGCGUAGCUCAAGCGUAUCCUCCGCCGACUUAUAGGUGGUAUCAUGAAGUAGCCGGAUCACUGCAAGAGAUUAGGAGCGGAGCUGCUGUGUAUAUCAGGCCACAAUUAUCUGUGUUACAAUUUCCCAGAGUGCAGAGUAGUGAUAGCUCGCUGUACGUUUGCAUGGCCAGCAAUAAUAUGGGAGAAGAUAAGAGGGAAAUGAAAUUGACCGUUCAUUCGCCUUUGAUCGCUUUCAUCAGACCGCAAAAACAGGUAGUCGAUUCAGCCUCUCAAGCGACAUUCAAUUGCUCAGUCCAAGGAGGCAUAGGAGAUACAACGAUAUACUGGUUAAAAGAUGGGGAUCGGUUAUACGACAGUCACAAUAUCGAAAUCAAAAACAAAGGUGAAACGUUGACUUUAAAAAGUGUGGGACGCAAUGAUAGUGGAAUGUACCAAUGCUUCGCUCAAAACCACGAAGAAACAGCUCAAGCAGCAGCUGAACUGAUACUUGGAGACGUUUCGCCCGAAUUUCAAGACACAUUUAUCGAGGAAACGCUGCAACCAGGACUUCCGGUAUCGCUGCGAUGCAUAGCCAAUGGCAAUCCACCGCCGAGAAUCAACUGGUACUUGGAUGGUGGGUUGAUACACGCCGGAGACGGAUUUUUCAUCGGCAGUUUUCUCGACUCUAAGGGAAACGUUGUUGGUCAUUUAAACGUCUCAAAUGUACGAUUAGAACAUGGAGGACUGUACACUUGUAAAGCGAGAAAUUUUCUCGGAGUUGUUGAACAUUCAGCUAUGCUUAACAUCUAUGGUCCUCCAACAUCAAGAUCACCAUUAAACCUGACUGCAGUUUCUGGAACAAGCAUACAACUUCGUUGCCCCGUAUCUGGAUUUCCAAUCACUUCAACGACAUGGUUUUCAGAAAGUGAACCUAUCACUGAUCAAAUAACGAAGAAAACAUUUAAUAAUGGAACGUUGUUGCUCACCAACUUGGAGGAAGAACGAGAUAAAGGGAAAUACACUUGUAAUGUGUACAAUCAACAAGGCAUGUUCGCCACAGGGAUAAUAUUCCUCAAUAUAAUGGCUCCUCCAGAAAUCAUGCCAUUUCAUCCCUCGAAUAAUUUAAAAGAAGGAGGAAAAACGAAUUUGGUAUGUUCAGUGACCUCUGGCGAUUCUCCGAUCACGUUUGCGUGGAGAAAAGAUGGCAAACCCCUGCCUCAUGAUCCUGAUACUCAUGAACAUGUCACAGAUAUGAUUAGUACGCUGAGACUGAAUAAUUUAGCUGCUCGACAUACAGGCCAAUACACUUGUAUAGCGACGAAUCCAGCAGCCACAGCUAAUUAUACUGUUAGGCUUAUUGUUAAAGCAUCUCCUAUUUGGUCCAUCGAGCCACAAGACACUACAGUUUUGUACCAUCAUUCUGUUGUAAUAAACUGUCAAGCAAGUGGGUUUCCUACUCCACGUAUCCUUUGGACUAAAUCAAAAGAAAAGAAAGGCGAUUUUACAACUUUGGAGUCAAACACACGUUUAACAGUCCAUUCAAAUGGUAGCAUUGUAAUAAGAAAUGCUGAAAGACAACACGAAGGGUAUUACGAUUGUCGAGCUGACAAUGAUAUUGGAGCACCUAUUUCAAAGACAAUAUUUUUAAAAGUCAAUAUUCCAGCUCAUUUCCGAAUAAAAAAUUUAAAUCAGAGUGAAAUUGCCGGACGUAGUGUUGUAUUGACUUGCGAAGCAGAAGGUGAGCUUCCAAUUGGGAUAACUUGGAAUUCUUCGCCAAAUAUGGCUGUGUAUACGAAGCAAACUCCGAACAGUGUGAUAUCAGAAUUACAUUUGGAUUAUCUGACUAGAAGACACGCUGGGGUAUACAGAUGUACAGCUACGAAUAGAUUUGGACAAGAUUACAUGAUUAUUCAUCUGAGCGUCAAAGAGCCUCCAGAAUCCCCUCAAAACGUCGAAGUAAUCGAAGCAGGAAGUCGAUGGUUGAAAGUAAAAUGGGCAUCAACUUCGAACGAUAACGUUAACUACAUAAUCCAAUAUCGAUCAUUACACGAGACUACCUGGAGUAAUAUUACAACCCAAAGUGCAGCUCAAGUCAAUUUGGUCGAGACACUCACACCAAAUACAGUCUACCUUGUUAGAGUGAUUGCUGUAAAUGAAGUGGGAAAAAGUAAAGCCAGCAUAGAAAUUACUGGAAAGACGACCCAAGAAGCACCAAGCGGUCAUCCAACAGAUAUUUCCAUAGAAAAAGUUACCACUGAUACGAUUAUCCUGAGAUGGAAGGUUCUUUCACCUGAGUUUUGGAAUGGAGAACUUUUAGGUUAUAGAAUAUUCUUCAUGGAAAAUAAUCGUAAUUCUAAUCCCAGAAGCAGGACGAUUCGUAAUGUUGAUGCAAACAGAGUAACCAUAUACAAUUUGAGACCAUAUACGACCUAUGAUAUUAGUAUCAAGGCAUUUAAUCAAAUAGGUGAAGGACCAUCAUCUCCAUCUCUCACAGUUACCACUUUGGAAUCAACUCCAACAAGUGCUCCUCAAAAUGUCCAUUGUACAGCAUCGUCUUCAGAAAGUCUCAGAGUCAGAUGGGAUAAACCACCACCGCAGCAUUGGAAUGGUGUACUACAAGGGUACAAAAUAUCUUAUCAGCAAUUCAAUCCAAAACCAGGAAUCAAAGUAUACACAGAAUACAAAAAGACCUCCAGUUUGGAAACCAUUAUCCACGGAUUGAAAAAAUAUACCAAUUAUAGUAUUCGAGUUUUGGCCACAACGAAUGCAGGCGAUGGUGUUCAAUCAUCACACGUGCAAUGUGUGACAAUGGAAGAUGUUCCAGGAUCUCCUGACGAAAUCAAAGCUCUAGUGAUGUCUUCAGAUAGUGUCAUGUUAGUCUGGAACCCACCAAAAGAACCAGGAGGAAAGAUCCUCAAGUAUAAUGUUUACAUACAAAGUGAUGGUGAGGAACCACGUAAAGAAACUGUGUUUGGUGAUGAAAUUACUAGACAUAUUUUUCGAAAAUUGACUGAAUUUCAUAAAUACGAAUUCUGGAUCACUGCUUCGACAAUCAUAGGCGAAGGACAAUCAAGUAUAAAAGUAUCUCAAGUACUUUCAUCCCAAAUUCAAGCUAAAAUUUCAUCAUUUUCUAAAACCAUCAUUGGUGUUGCUGGUUCACAUCUCACUUUGGAAUGCAAUGCUGUAGGAUUACCAACACCAUCUUGCAGCUGGAAGAAAGUUGGUUCUUCUCAUCUACCAAGUGAAUCAAAAAUUCUGCUAGAUAAAAGUUUAUGGAUCUCUGAACUGAAGUCAGAAGAUGCUGCAAAUUAUUCUUGUAACGCUGAAAAUGUUUACGGAAGUGAUAGAGUGACCUAUGAUGUAGUUGUUGUUCAGCCCCCAGCAUCUCCAAUUCUGCAGUAUGUCUCAUCUAGCAAACAGACAGUUACGUUGAAAUGGAAAAAUCAAGCAGAUGGAGGCAGUCCUAUUCUUGGUCAUGUGAUUUUUGCUCAAACCGACAACGAGGAAUUAUCUAUAUUCGUCGAAGCUGAAAAAACAGGCCACACGGUGAUGAAUUUAAAAUGUGGCACGAAAUACUCAUUCCAAGUGGAAACUCUCAAUAGUGUUGGUCGUAGUGAAAAAAGUAACGCUGUUAGUGCCAGAACAAAAGGAGAUGUUCCAGAAAGUUCCUCCGAUAAUGAGUUAUUCUUCGUCAAUUCAACAAGUGUCACAUUGUUUCUGGAUGGAUGGCCAGAGAAAGAAUGUCCUAUUCAAUAUUUCACCAUCAUGUAUAAAUUGAAAGAUAACUGGAUUCCUGUCGGUAGAGGGCAUCUGAUGCCACAACCAACUACCAUAUCCAAUCUUAUUCCAGCUUCGUUGUACUCGAUCAAAAUCACAGCUCAUAACGAAGCUGGAAAAACACCACAGAACUUUGCUGUGAUUACCAGAUCUUCAAAUGGAGAAAUAGUUCCUAUUGAAUUGAUCGAUCAGUCACGAGUUUCAAUCAUUUCUCAAUUGAACUUCAUUAUUCCAAUGGUCUCCGGUAUCAUUUGCUUGAUCUCUAUCGCUGUUUGCGCAGUCAUAUUAAUGAAAAGACGAAAAGUAUAUGCUCAAUAUAAAUCUGGUGAAACAACGUUGAACAACAGCAGAGCAGAACUGGAACAUCCACCACCCCCUCAUCCAGUUCCUAUUCAUCCUCAAAACGCUUACUCACCAGCUCACGUACUCAGGAAAAAUUCAUCCCUCAGUAUGCACAAAGAUAACAUAGAUGAUUACGACGUUUACCCUUACGCUACAUUCACGGUUCCAAGUCAAUUACAUACCUUCAACCAAAGAGACUGCAAUGAUGGGAACAUGCUCCCCGACAAUACGCAUUCUUUGCAACGUAAACGUAAAAAUAGCUCAAAAAAUUCCACCGAUACUCUUAAUUUAGAAAUAGCUUGUAUCUCUAAUCAACAAACACUGCCAAUUGGUAGAAAAACUUCAUUCGGAGUUAUGACUACCGCAUUUAACGAUUCAGAAAGUAUCAAUCCAAUAUCAAGGCACAAGAAGCAUUACAUCAAAAGAACUGCAGAUAUCGGCCAUGAUUCCAGUACCGAAUCAGCAGAAAUGUCACCAGAGACGACUAGACGACCAAGAGGACGUCAUGGGCCGACAAGCAGGGAUCAUUUGAAACCUGCCAAACUUCAAAAAUCAUAUUCAAAUGGCUGUGAAAUAAGUGAACCUGAAAGUGAUCAAAAUUUAACCGAUAAAUCAUGCUCUAAGCUUCUACAACAUGAAAAAUUCAAUCAAGAACUUUCUUCCAUAGUGAACGAAUACCGUAAAAGAAGAAUCAAACGAGACGACGAUGAUUACGAUAUGAUUCAUGUGUAAAUUUUUGUAUACAAUCUUUUUUUGUGUUUUCUUAUCUUUUUUUCCAUUUUUAUUCACGUUAAUACGGUCCUUAUACUUACUUUUUUGUACCUUUUUUUCUAUUCGUAACUCGACGAAUGAAUUCGUUUAUUGUAAGUAUUAUUUAUAAAAAAAAUUGAUGUUUUAGUUACCUAUACGAAGCAUUUUUUUUUCAAUGUUAGAUUAUUUUUAUAAAACGACUUCGUAUAACGAAAAUACAUACGAAGGAUUGCUUUGUUGUUCUACUU